GAUAAGACAGAACGGACUGGAGAAUUAUUGAUUAUUGUGGUAGCAACGAAGCCCGAUUUUGGCGGUGGUAAACUCCAACAGUUUGCAACAUGGAGAAAUUUCUUUCGAGAUUUAGAAGACUGAAAUAAACGACCUAAAAGAAAAGGAGAGUCAACGAGUUGAGGUGCGAACACAAUAAUACCUAAACCAAAAUUAUUUUUGGAAAUUAACGUACCCAGUAAAUUGAAUUCUAAGCAGUCGAUAAAAAAUCACUCUGUACAUUCAACUCUGGUGGCAAAAUUUCAACUGUGUGCGGGAAACUGGAACUCAAGUGGCAAAAGUGCAACCGAAUACAGUGUGACGAAUUGAAGAAUUCUUAUUCUAGUUAUACGUCGAAAUAUUUCGUCUUCUCUUCGACCAAAAAAGUGAUGAAAAAAAAAAUGAUAAAACGAACCCGAUAAACGGUUAAGUGGGGUUGGGGGUGUGGCAGAGCGAGGAGGGUUAUUUUGCGUUCGCUAGCGCGGGCAAUGAGUCUGCGCCGAAGCGUCGAAGAGGCGCGUCUCUUUUCAUCGUCCAGGCUCUCCGUCGUCCGGAAGUCACAAUAGCCGCAUUAUUCGUCUUCGGACUACCGUGAAAGACUCUGCGGAAGUGAGAAUGCCGCGAGGGUGUAUUUGUGUAUGUGCGUUGUGAACGUCGCUGUGCGCAAAUGUGCAAAUCCAAACAAAAAGGAAUCCGGUUAAACGAAAUAAGGUAAAAAACAUUGAAGAGGCAAAGCUUACAGAAGGAAAUAAAUACGAGACGGUGGACGUUGCAUGACCGGCGAAAAAAAGUGUGAUAAAAGCCUGCGGGUUUAGAAUCAAGAGUGACGAAGAAAGAUAGAAAAUCCAUUUGGUUCCUCAAUAUAAAAUCCGUGAAGCCGGCAAACUAACGCGAAAAUGUGAAGUAAAAAAAGCUCUUUUGUAUUAAAUAUUCCCGCCAAAACAACGGACUGCAAAGACGAGUAAAUUUUAUUCAACUUCGUGCUGGUUUUUUUUCGGCGCUGAUGCAACCGGAUUUCUCGAAUUCGGACUCGCGUUUUUAGCUUUAGAUAUGUUUAUUUCUAUACGAAUGUUAACUCAUUUACAUAUAUACAUGUUUCACAUGUAUAGAGCAAGUCGAUAAAACUCGACUAACCUCCCGUAAAUUCCAAUGGCUUGAAGAGGAACGAAAUAAGAAGCGGAAAACAGCAAACCAGAUCGAAUCUCGUGCGAGAUUUACUUAGCGGGUAAAAGAAAAGAAGGGGGGAGUGAAGAACAUCGCGUCUGCGGCGAAUUUCUCAUCGACGUUGAUUCUUCGAAUUCGACGGGAUGCACGCGGUUGGAUUGCACUCGGCUCUGGCCAUCAAGCGUCAGCGUAAGCGUCGCGACGAGCAGAAACGCGCUCGCGAGCGUCGUUACAGCACCCAAAGCGGUGAGAGCGGUCUCACGUCACCGCGAGCUUCGACCGGAUCGCUGGAUCGUCAUCCCCGUCAUCAUCAUCCUACGCAGGUUCACCGUGCCGCCGGACAAGGGAUGUUGGACUCGAAAGUCGUAACGUCCAUUGGGAUGCUACAUAUCGGGGUUGUUUUUCUCGUUCUCGGGGGUUUUCUAUUGGUCAGUGGUCUUUUACCCGGUGAUCUGGCAACUUGGAGCUCCAAAGCCUCGAACGGUUGGUGGAACGAGCUCGUUGCUACCGGUGUAUUUGCCGUUAUGGUUGGUAUAUUUCUCAUAAUACUCAAUCGCGUUAUCGCGAAAAAGGAGGAAAACGAUCUCGAGGAAUACGUACAAAGACAAUUGACGAGAUCGAGGUCCGGACACAGACUCGAGAGGGACGUUGAAACCGGUGGUUUGACCACUCGGCAUGCGAGAAAAGCACGACAAUUGAAAACCGUCACUUCGUGUAGUUCGAUCGAGGUACAGAGCGAAAAAAAUUCGAGCACGCCACCCCGCAGCCCGCCACCCGCUUACUCACCACCCCCCGUUUCAAACGUCGAUCAACAAAACGCACAAUUGUUUCUUGAACAAAUAACCGAGGAAGAAAUAAUCAGCGAUCGAGUUGAAACUUCCACCACCAACAGCCUCAGUCCGGGAUCACCCAGCGAGACGAGAGAACUUCUUCAUGGCAAUAACAAACACUACAAACACAAUGGAAAUCACAAUCCACAGCAUCAUCAAGAACACAUACCCAUCUACGUUCAUCCAACGAGGAAUUAAAUUUUUUCUUUCCAUUCCUUUUACGGCGUCAGGAUGUCGUUGUUCGAAAUAACAUUCCGUCACAACAACAUUGACUUUUUAAAUUAGGGCUCCGCCUGCGGAAUAUUCACUGUACGAUUCGCUCUCACGAUCAAUCCCCAAUGAGCUGUUUCGGCUGAACGAAAAGAAGAGAAAUCAUGAAAAUAGUAUUGCUGAAAUGCUGCUGAGAAAGCAGAUGAUUCCGCAGCCAUAGGCUUGCCCUGCAAUCGCCUGUAGUUUAAAAUUUUACACUUUCGUUUUUUUUUUAAUACUUGGCGUCGAGCCGCUACCGCGUCUCUUGAUUUGUCAGACUCAUCGAAACGGUGUACCGACUGCUGAUUUCGGACGAAACGUGCAAAGUGGAAUUGAAUAUUUUGCACAAUUUGAUUAAUCACGAUUUGCUGUAUUACAAACGAUGAUUCUCUAAAUUUUGUUUUCUCCUUUGGUCACAGAUUGAGAGAAAACUUGUUAACCUCAAUUCCACAGCUGAAAACUUUGUUCACAUUCAUGCUUUGUAACUAAUAACAUUUUCUUUCUGGAAAAUUUUGGUCGAUCGUCUCCAAAUUGUUGAAGCCUGUUCAUGCUAAUCGAUGUUUUUCUUUCGCAUCAAAUGAUAUUUGAUUGAAUUGAAACGAUUUUUUUGCUAACAUCACUUCAAUCCUCAACAGCGGGACCAUACGUUACAUUUAUUGAAUCGAUUCAUGGAAAAUUCGUCGAUUAUUCGUCAAAUUAUUCCUCAGAGCUGAAACACGCACACGUGAAUAAACCAACUUGUACGUGCCAAAGCAUCGCAGAAAGGAGCCUUUUUUGGCAAUGAAUUUAUUUUCGUUUCGUUAUCGAGCGCGGCACAGUGCUACAAAAGUUUAAAAUAAAAUAUUAACUAUAACCAACUCUUUUUGGACAAAUAAAUAACAGAAGGAGAAGGCGUUAUAGCAAAGUAGGAAACAGUCCCAACGACCGAUCUAAAUUCAGCUUCGUUUAACCAUUCAGCCUUGAGAAAUUAUUCCUACAUUUUUCAAAUAUAGCAUUGAAAAAUUAGGGUUCGAGCGGUCUAUGCUACCGACAAAUCUACCAAGAUUCUUCGCGUCCUAUUAACGUAAAACAGGCUUCAGAAAAAUCGGCUUAUAAAACCGCAGCAAUACUAAUUUCAUGCUUUGCUUUUUGACAACCGCGCUUUCCGCGUCUCGUGCUGGCCGGUGGUCAAGCAACACUCUGUGUCACAGAGUUUUGCACGUAUUGAAACAAAGAAAUAUUGCGUAGGAAAAAAAAUGAUUUAAACCAGAAAUUCGAAUGUUUGAAAUGAUGAAGAAAUGGAGAAAUAUAUCGAAGUCUCGAAUUCCAUGCUACUUUUCCUCUGCCCCUGUCUCCUCUCCCUUAUUCGUCUGACGUUUCCCCUCCGUACCGGUCAUUGAGAUGGAAUAAAAUCGAUUCGCACGAUUCGGCAGAGAAGAGCUCGUAAAAAUGGCGAAAAAAGCUGAGCGAGACAAUUGGAUUUUUCAUAAUUAAUGUUCUCUUUCAAUAAACGAUAAAAAUGUGGGAGAUCCCCAAAAAUGUAUAUUCUUGGAUGGAACUCAUCGAUGUAAAACUGUGAAAAUUAUGCGAGUCAGAGUUCUGACAUACAAAAAGGUCUAUCAACCUAAUUGUAAAUUUGAAAACUAGAUUAAUUCAAUAAUCACAAUGUAUUAUGACGAAAGACAUAUCGAUGAGGCGGAUUUUAUUCAUAUCCGUGUAAUCGCACCAUACAUUCAAUAUCCGAUAAAUGAUAUUUAUGAAAAAAAAAAUCAAUCAGAAAAAUCGAAGUGAGACUAUCGUUAAAAUCGUGUAUAUUCCAAUGAAAAUUGAAGCAAAUUUUCAAUGAAAAGGUUCCAUCAAGUUGUCGUUAAAGAUACAACAAAAUACAGAACGUUGAGUUAUCAUAGACACGCGAAAAUUCUUUUCAUUUGCCUCCGCAAAAAAAAAUGCAGUCGCUAAAGUAUUCAUCGGAGCACUUUCACGUGUUAGUAAGUUCAGACAUUCUUUAGGUGACGAAAACCUUCAAUUAGUAGUCUUAAAUAAACGUAGGUACGUAAACGCUUGAUUGAAUAUAAACCAUCGAAGCUAUUCUGAAACGAACAAUUGCGAAACACUCGAUAUCGCUUUAAAAAGUAUCAAACGUAUAACGAUAAAAUAUUGGUAAAAAAAUUCCAGGAAAUGGUGCUAUUCGUACGUGCAUCAAUUGCUCUGGAUUUUCGGACAAGAAUUUCGAAAAUGGCAAGUUUCGAUACUGGCUUCAUUCGAUAAUCGGAUUAAAAUCUCAUUCGGUAAAUUCGCGAUUCACCCGUUUACUCAGAACUUUGAGAAAUAAAAACUCUGAUGAUGAGAGUUGAAAAAAUAUUUAUGGAAUGCAAAAUUGUUUCAUUCCAUCGAUACGAAAAGUUUUGCCCGAAAAUCCAAUGAGAUUCGAAGAAUCUCUUUUUCAAAGAAACAAAAAACAAAAGAUAGGUAGAAAAAUUGAUUUUCGUCCCUGAGAGGUUUUACCUCGCCUUAAUUGAACUAGAAAUUUUUUUUUUUAUCUAUUAUAAGGUAGAGAGUGUGGGAUCGAAUUUUUGCUGUUACGUUUUAGGCUCCAUAACGUAAGAAAUAAGAUAAUCGAAAUAUUUAUCCAAACGUCUCACGUGCUCGUUGUAAGAAGAAUGAAAAAAAUUUCAAUUGUAUCGUGGAGUUUUCGGGGGUGGUCUCCGAUCGGGUACCGAUAAGUAAAUUAUGUAAGGAUUAAGUAUCUUAACUUAUAUUAAAUGUAUGACGUGAUCCAAGGACCAAAAACAAAUAUGUUCGCGGAUAAGUGGAUAAAGAAUCGUUUCGAGACUUAAAAAUAUAUGCCGAGGUGGAAGAAUCGUAAGGAAAAUCGAAGGAUGAAAGCGGACAACAUACGAUCUAAAACAGAUAAGAAAUGAUUAGUUGAUGGAUAAACGUCUGACGUUGUCUUCGAUCGAAUAUCAUUGAUGGAAUAACUAAAUAACCGAGGAUCGAAUAAUCGAAAAAAACGUGUGGAUUUAUCGAUAGAGGCAAAGAAAAAUGUACUCAUUUCUUAUACAAAAUCAAAAAUAAAAAAUUCAACGUCCUCACAGUCAGAGUUGAAUAUUAUCGAUGAAUUAUGAAAGUAGUAACGUAGAAUUCUUCACCGCAAACAAGAGAUAAUCUUGUGUUGAAGGCAAUUUAUUAACAAACAUUGACCGAUUUAAUGAGAAUGUACGAAAAGACUGGUAGUGGCAAUUGACGAAAAUUUAAUGGUCUGAAAAUGAGAGUAAAAGAAUAUCGAUUUUAGUAGAAUUCUAUCGAAUUGAGUGUUCGAUGUUUCACGAACAUAUGAUUUUUUUUAAUACUUUUUGUCUAGAAGUAUCGAUAGUUCAUGCAAAAAAUAUAAAUCAAUUCGCUUUGACAUCAGGCUACGAAAGAGUUUUAAUUACGAUAGUUAUAGAAGCUUAUUUAUAGAGAAAAGAAACUAUAAACACUACAUAACCGAGCAAAAAAAUUGGAGCAUAAAAUGAAUACAAUGCAUCCUCCUAUCGUCCAAUGUCCAAGUACACUGUUCAUUCUUCAAUCAUUCCUUUCGUUACAUUUAGCUUUAAGUCUAGUCGUAAAAUGACAACCAAUAAAUAAUUAUAUUCCAUUUUAUAUUACCUCGAAUACUUACCUACGUGCGCUAGCUUUAGACUCCGAGAUUUUCGAAAACGAAGUCUCUUCGCGAACUGGCAUUUCUUCGCACAGAAUGAAAAAAUCAUCGAGUUCAUUAUUAUUUUUGUUCGUUUUUUUUUCAAUUCUUCUAUCGAAAGUUCCAAAAAGCACGAAAUAUUAAUCGUUUGUCGGAAUCAGCAUAUCUUAAGAAUAAAAAUUAUUUGAAAAAUGUACAUUUGCACAAACGGAAAAGCAGGCUCACGUUGCUCAAGAAAAACUGCAAAUAAAUGGUGCACGCACACAACGAGCUGUGAAGAAAUCGUUUUCGAAAAUCUACGAAGGUAUUAUAUUGCCACGCUCGGGCGCUACCAUUCUGUGAUCCAAUUAAAUGAAAAAAUAAAAAUAAAAAAGAAAACGUAAAGAAAUCGACUCACGCAAUGACAAAGUGAAGCUCUUUCAACAAUCUUAUUCUAUUAAGUAAAUAUACACAUAUGUUUAAAUUUGAAUAAUAAAUAAUUAUAUAUAUACAAAUAAACUUAUCAAUGUAAGUAUCUGAUAAAUUGAAAUAGUUGAAAUAUUAUCUGCUAUGUUGAAACAAACUUUUUCACUCUCUUUAUCCCGCAUGUCAAGAUGCUUGAAAAAAACAGGAUGCACAAUUGCAACGAUUUUCAUAAAUUUUCACGUAAAAGAGAAAACAAAUUUUCACGCUUGUCCUUGAAUGUAAAUUUCGAGAGAACAGUAUCGAGAGUUGCGUGCAAGUGCCUUUCUCACUAAUCGUACUUGUUUCUAUUUUAUUUUGUUUCUUCAAUGACAACACCAAAACGAAUUGAACCAUCAGAAACAUCACUUGCGUCGUGAAACAGAAUGAAAACGUUUACUCAGUACAACUUAUAAAAUUUUGUACAAUUCUUGCGUGUGGAUCGAACGAAAAACAACCGGAAAAUGUACAAGAAUCCAGCGUAAACAAAGGUGCAAAUGUGUUUAUAUGAAAUGUAACGUAAUUACAGUGUUAAACGCGAAUGAAAAAAAAAAACCACCUCAACGGUAAAAGCUUUAGCUAAUUUCUUACGCUUCACCUUUCAUGAAAAUUAUGAGAUGAAAUAAAAACACGAGGAAAUAAUAAUGUUCUCGGUGUCUCUGGUGAAGGGACAGAUAAGGGUCGUAGUUACGAUUCAAGUAGACUUCGACCUCAUUCGGUGAAACGUAAUGAAGAUACCUUCGGUCGUGAAGAGUAAAAUGCUAUUAUCGGUUUUCGUUUUGUCUAAGAAGAUCGUGAAAAAAUAAUUGAUAAUGAAGAAUCGCGUGGGAGGAAUGAUUCUAGAAAAGUUGUUGUAUCUCAAAAGACCAAUAAAACACAGCAAACAUUCUUAUGAUAUGAAAAAAGAUUUUCCAACUUUUUUCAACCGAGACUUAUAAUUUGUUUUUUUUUUUUUUUUAAUUCUUCAACGAGACUGAAUGAUUCAAGUUCCCAAGAGUCGAGUCUUUUAUUCCCUCGUUCGUAUUCAGAGAAUUAUUGCAAUUAAGGAACUGCAAUUUUUUAUUUCAAAGUCUUUUCCACAGUGAAAUUUUCGAGAACAGUGAACUUUAACCAAGCUCCAGCAAAGCCUUUAGAAAAUAAUUAAUAUAACGAAAAGCAAACUUGUGCACAAUUUUCUGGCAUCUAAACAUCAUAAUCCAGCGGUAAAUGAGUAUUUGAGUACAACUGAAACGCAACAAGAAAAAAGUCCCCGGACCAAGAAUAAGCUUUUAUCAAACGUUUCAUAUUUCUAUUCCAUAUUUACUCGCGUACACUAACGUGCGGAUAAUUUUUCAAGCCUCGCUAAUAUAAUCAUUCUACGGAAGCGGACACCUUUACUACUUUAACACCGCGUUGACUUCCUAGCACCAAACCCAGCUCUCCUCGAAUCUCGCCGCGAUCGCGUGUUAAGAAAAAUAAACGAAACUAAAUAUAAUCUACGAUGAGAAAACUUCGCUUUGUAUAUCUUGACAAGCAAACGAAAAAGUAUCAUGUAUAACCAGCGUUUUACGGUGAAAGGGAAAAAAAAUCAACUGAAAUGCAUUAAUGUAGUUUGAUGAAAAAAAAGCGAUGUAAAAAUACUGCUUUUGCGUUGUAAAAAAAAAAAAAAAAAAAAAAAAAAACGCGACGAAUAAAAGACAGAUUUCAAUCAUUUGGAAAUUGAUCCUUCGGAGAAUUUCAUAAACGAUAAAAACAAAUGUUUUACAAUGAUGAAAUGAGAACGAGACGAUUGUCAUAUUGCAUUUAUGAAAAAUAAUACCAUACGAUCGAACUUGUCGAGCGGUUUAUCGGUGUAAUAUUAUCGAUGUAUAUAUAAGAUUCUGCGACACGCUCUACACCAUUGUUACAGAUAUAAUAGUUGUACAUUUAAUAUCGUUAUUUCUAUUAUUAUUAUUAUUAUUAGCAUAAUAAUUAUUAUCAUUAUGAAUAUUAUUAUAGCUAUCAUGAUUAUUAUUGUAUAUUGAAGAAUAAGCUUUCUUAUCGCAUUUCUCUAUUAUACCACGAAUAUACAUUUGACGCACGAAUUUUCGAGAAUAAAACUUUAUGAAGCGCUCUGUAA